AUGAGCUUAAUCACUCCACUCAUCAGAGCAUUUGCGUACAUUGCCUAUUGCUAUUGGAGGAGGCGUUCACUUGUUGACGCGCGUUGGCCAGAUUCGAUUCCACGAAAGUUUUCUAUCAUACUCAUUUUCGAGAUUGUGAUCACUAACUCGAACGUUGGCCAGAUUCGAUUCCACGAAAAUCCGACUCCACGAAAGUUCUCUAUCGUACCCAUCUUCGAGAUUGUAAUCACUAACUUCAACAUUGGCCAGAUCCGACUCCACGAAAGAAGUAACACAAGGGACCAGCUUUUUCGAAAAAAAAAGAAUUUCCAUCAUACUCAUCUCCGAGACUUUGUGUUUUUUGACUUGAACGUUGCUCAGAUUUGAUUGGUGGGCCACGAAUUUCUAUCAUACUCAUCUUCGAGAUUCUGAUCACUAUCUGAACGUUGCUCAGAUCCGAUUGGUGGGCCACGAAAGUCUUGAAGUAACACUAUUUGAUAGGGCGAUUUGGCGUCACGUCGGGCGGAAAGCGGCGUCCUCUAAAAGGAAUCGCGGAUGUUUUGCCGUUCCAGUCUGUAGUCAACCACUGGAUUCUUGCAAUCACAAUGCAAACUACUUUGUCUGGUGUUUAUCUUAUUGUCCGUCACCUUUAUCGCUGCCACCACUAGUGAAAACACAUAGCUCAACAGCAUAUUUGGAACCAUUCGUUCUAGGCAUACAUGUAUGACACAGUUCUUAUUCAGUUAAAGUUCACAACUGUAUUUGGUCAGCUGCUCAGACUAUGCUUGAACUUCUUCUUAUUUCACUAAAGGUGUAGUAUUUCAUAUCUGUUAUGGCAGUAAUUGUUAGGUUGAAAUGCGAAUUUUGAAAUGAUGCUCAUAAUAAAAAGAAC